CGGCGCCGCGGCGGUGUCAGCCCGGGGGACCUGCGCGCGUCCGGUGCCCGCCACUUAACUGGGCAGGAUGACCUGGGUACGACUCGGACAUUCAUCUGUAAAAUAACCACACUAACUACUGGGGUUGUUUGCUGUAUUAAAUAGGGCCGUAUAUAUAAAGUUUGAUAAGGACUCAAUAAAGGUGAGCUGCUUUUAUUAUUACCGAGGUAUGCUGUUCUUUUCAUUCUUGGCUCAUUUAAUCAUAAUCAUCAUGACCAUCCUUUGAAUCGGCAUUAACCACCUCCAUUUUAAUAAACAGGAGUACGAAAGGUCGGAAAUUGAUUGGUUUACUCAGCGUUAACGGUGACGGGGGUGGGUAAAUUAGUUUUAUUUACUCUUUGGUUCAUGCGGUUUCCUACAGCCUUGGGCUGUAUUUAGUACAAUAAUUGUCCCUCAGCAUAACUGUGGAGUGUAAUGGACCUAACCUAGUGUUCAAUUAACAAAAAUUCUUGAGGUUUCCUCAGAACCCUUGUGUCAAAAGGAUAAUUGAGGCCCUUCCCUCAUUCUCCAACCUAUUUGUAUUCUCAGAGGACUGUUACACAUGUAAAUUGAGCCCUGAAUCUUACAUAUUAUUGGAGAAGCUGGGAAUCCUCUCCAAGCCGGAGACUACUUUCUAGAGGGGGGAUGGGACACACUUUGUUAAAAAGACAAAAACUGGAAUUUCAUCCUUGCUCCGUGUUAUUAAGGUGCUAUCAUAAUGCCUCUGGCUGGUGUAUCUGGGCUUAUUAUUAGGCAUUUUGUAAGCAUCAGGCCAUCGGGAAGAGCUUUCUGCUAUCUCAGCAUUAUGGCAUCUAGUUACCUUUUGCUUACCUACAUCAAGCGCCUGUUCUGGGAUUUAUGGUGUCAAAUUGUUAUUUUAGAAGUUAGAUUUGUGUCCCUGUCAUAAUUCUUCGAGGCCUAAUUAAAUUUUACCCUUGGCCCAGCCCAGGCUUGGAGGGGACAGUGAAUUCCAGGGUACUGUCGGGAUUUGUGGCACUGAGUGAAAAUUUACAGAAUCAAAAUGGUACGUGAAAGUUUCAAAAUUAGAUCUAAUCCCUCCUCACAUUAAAUAUAAUACCACUGAAACGAAGUCACUAGGUUUGUUAAUGCCAGAGACUAGCACGGAACCAAAGUCUCCAGGUCCACUGCACCAUGCUUAAGUCAAAACUGGUGUCUUAGAGAAGUGAUUUUUGAGAAACUGCAAUUUAGGGAGAAGAGACAUGUUAAUUUUUGAGAGCUCUGAAGACUUUCUAACUUCGUGGGGUCUAUAAUAUUAAUAGGAACAAUUGUUAUGUAACAAACACUUCUUUAUCAGUGCUUUUCAACAUCAUUUGUAAUGCCAACAUAGGGAUCCACACUUUGGAUAUGUGUUAUACAUUUUGCCUAACUUGCUCUUAUUGGAUGUUUAAGUUUUCAAUUCUUUUGUAUUAUUUAGUAAAUGGGUACAUAAUUUGCAAAACAGCUAGUAGGAAAGAAAUGUUUAGAUUCACUCAAAAAUUUCCCAGAUUCAUCGAGGUUGUAUCAGAGUCACCAAUGGACAGGUGAUUCCUGAGCGGCAAGAUAAGGUCUCUUAAGACUUCUGUCUUCCACCUUUCCCUGUUCUGGCUUCAUAGUUUCUAUCCUUUCCCAAGAGCAGCAGAAAAUGAACAAGUAUCAGGGACCUGUAACAUUCAAGGAUGUUAUUGUGGAAUUCACCCGGGAGGAGUGGCAGUUACUGGACGCUGCUCAGAGGACCCUGUACAAGGAAGUGAUGCGGGAGAACUACGGUCACCUAGUCUCAGUGGGUUACUGUGUGAAUAAGCCAAAUGCAGUCUUCAAGCUGAAGCAAGGAAAAGAACCGUGGACACUGGAGGUGGAAUUUCCACGUCGGAACUACCCAGAAGACCUUUGGAAGAUUCAUGACUUAGGAGCAAGAUCCCAGGGAAGCCAAGCUGAAAAUUCAAGGAAUGGAGAACUCACAAAACACCAGCAAACUCCUGCCAGAGAGAAAAUCUAUAAAUGUAGUGAAUGUGGAAAGUCCUUCUGCCAGAAGUCUAUCCUCCUAAUACAUCAGCACACUCACUCAAAGGACAAACCCAGGGAAUGUGGGACAUCGGUCCCUAGGAAUGGAGACCUCACAAGACAACAGAAAGGUCAAGCCAGAGAGAAAACCUAUGAAUGUAAAGAAUGUACGAAAACCUUCUACCACCUGUCCUCUCUUAGUAGACACUUGAGAACUCAUGCAGGGGAGAAACCCUACGAAUGCAAUCAGUGUGAGAAAUCCUUCUACCAGAAGCCACACCUUGUGGAACAUCAGAAAACACACACAGGAGAGAAACCCUAUGAGUGUAACGAGUGUGGGAAGUUCUUCUAUGUUAAGGCAUACCUCAUGGUACAUCAGAAAACACACACGGGGGAGAAGCCGUAUGAAUGUAAGGAAUGUAGGAAAUCCUUUUCCCAGAAAUCACACCUCACGGUACAUCAGAGGACACACACAGGGGAGAAACCCUAUAAAUGUAAGGAAUGUGGGAAAUUCUUUUCUAGAAAUUCACACCUCAAAACUCAUCAGAGAACUCACACAGGAGAGAAACCCUAUGAAUGUAAGGAGUGUGGGAAGUGUUUCUACCAGAAGUCAGCCCUCACAGUGCACCAGCGAACUCACACAGGGGAGAAGCCCUUUGAAUGUAAUAAAUGUGGAAAAAACUUUUACUAUAAAUCAGACCUCACUAAACACCAGAGAAAACACACAGGGGAGAAGCCUUAUGAAUGUCAAGAAUGCGGUAAAUCCUUCUCUGUGAAUUCAGUCCUCAGAUUACAUCAAAGGACUCACACAGGAGAGAAACCCUAUGAAUGUAAGGAGUGUGGGAAAUCCUUCUCUCAGAAGUCACAUUUUAUCAUACAUCAGAGAAAACACACAGGGGAGAAACCCUAUGAAUGUCAGGAGUGUAGGAAAACUUUUAUCCAGAAAUCAAAACUCACUGCCCAUCAGAAGACACACACAGAGGAAAAAAGCUUAUAAACAGCAUGAAUUGGGAACUUUUUUCUGAGUUCAUCCUUCAGAAUAAUCAGAUAAUUCACACAAGACCAAAAAACUUAGGAAUAUCAUCUAUAUGGGAACGUUUUAGUCAUAAGAGUGUUUCUUGACAGCAAAUACACAAAAAUUCUUUGAAUCUAGAAGGAAGAAAUUUUUACCAUAUGUUAGACUUUAGUGUCAGACACUCUACAAAUUGUAAAGCGUGAGAGAGACCAUUCUUUUAGAAGUCACAGUAUACUGUACAACACAGAAAUCACAUGAGAGAAGAACAAAUAAAAAAAAAAGAAGGUCAGGAACUUUCUGGUCAGGGCAGCCAUCACUAGAUAUCCCAAAGCUCACGUGAAUGAGAGCCUCCUAUCCGUGUCCAUCCUGAGCUUCAGAAAUACUUUACAGGUGGACUCCAAAUGCUCAAAGGGGUGACUAGACGUCGAAACAGAUCCAGAAGCCCUUCUUGAGAAGUGACGUCUCUGUGACCUUCAGAUGAGCGAUGCCAGGAUAGAACCAUCGCAGACAUCUCCAAUACGUCAGUUUCCUGACAAAAACUCAGUAUCUGUAUUGGGUGAGAGUGACAGUUACGCCAGAAGUCAUGUUGCAGUGACUGGAUUGUGAGGGUUGGGUUAUUUUUUUCUUUGAAGAAACCUGCAAAUGUCUAGAUAGAUAGAUAGAUGAAGCUUUUUAAAAAGCACAAACCCAUUGAGAAGCCAGGUGACAUCCUUAAACUCAUGUGAAAAGUCCUUGAGUGGAGCUGACGUGUGUCCGCGUGCUGCUAGGCCGAUCACAGAUGUCUGUGCGUACACGGAUCCCAUCCGUAAGUGUACACAGGAAAAUCCGUAACCUCAGCUCCGCAGCUCUCACGUGCGUGAGGAGAUCCCACGUCAACCCUCAGCAUCGACUCCUGUUGUUCCAGUGUAUAUUUUAAGUGUACUGUUCUUUUAAAAUUUAAUGCAUCUCUACUUCCUGGCAUUUUUAAGUGAAUUCAGAUGUUCCUGAACUGAUCCUUCAGAAAGAAGCUAAAAGUCUUUUUGUAAAAUUCUCCAGUUGUCUCGUGGUCAGCCAAAUUUUGCAUUAGGGACACAUUUAUUCCUAAGAAAAGACUGCGUUUAUUUUA